UCCCUACCACUGAACACAAUCCAGAAACUCUGCGUUCGUCUAAAUACGGUUUGGGAUCUGCUAUUAGCACCAUGAAGGACCAGCAAGCAAACAUUACUUUAACAACCACAGAAAACUACGACGAAUAUGUAGACAGCACAUUUGACUAUGACAUGCAUGAGGUACUCUGCGAGAAGCAAGAAGUUCGGAAGUUUGCCCAGAUUUUUCUCCCUGCAUUCUAUGCUGUGGCAUUUGUGACUGGAGUGGCAGGCAAUUCUUUAGUGAUUGCUAUAUAUGCUUACCAAAAAAAGCUGAAAACAAAGACAGAUGUCUACAUUUUGAACUUGGCAGUAGCUGAUCUGUUGCUGCUCCUCACCCUUCCGUUCUGGGCUGUGGAUGCUGCCCUUGGGUGGCAAUUUGGAAGAGGAAUUUGCAAGAUAACCUCAGCGCUGUACAUUAUAAAUUUCAGCUCUGGUAUGCAGUUCCUGGCUUGUAUUAGCCUGGAUAGGUACUUUGCUGUAAAAAAGGCCUCUAGUCAUCAAAAUUUUGAAAGGAAAUGUUGGAUUAUUUGUCUCUUUGUUUGGAUUACGUCAAUGUUGUUGAGUAUCCCUGAUUUUUACUUUAGCACAGUAAAGGAACACAAUGGCAGGCAUGCGUGCGUUGGAGAUUAUCCUAAAGAUUCCAUUAAGCAGGUGAUGACGACAGUUCAAAUCAUGGAUAUUGUAUUUUGUUUUGUAUUGCCAUUUAUUGUCAUGUUAUAUUGCUAUUCAGCGAUGGCCAAGAUUAUCCUCAAGACGCCAAAUAUCAAGAAAGCCAGGUCUCUGAAGGUGUUAUUGACAGUGGUGGGUGUUUUCCUUAUAACUCAGUUACCAUAUAAUGUUGUUAAGUUUUUAAGAGCUAUAGAUCUAAUAUAUGUAUUGAUUACAACCUGCAAUAUGAGCAGGAUCAUAGACAUAAUGAUGCAGGUCACCGAAAGUAUAGCCUUAUCCCGCUGCUGCCUGAAUCCAAUAUUAUAUGCUUUUAUGGGGAUCACAUUUCAGUCAUACAUUAUUAAAACUGUAAAGAAGGUCAGUUCUUGGAGAAGAUCAACUACACCAAGUAUUGAGGAGUAUUCCAUGUAUUCUGAAAAUCCCGUUGAAGAAACAAACAGCUUCUCCAUUUGAAAAAAUAUAUUGAACAUUAUUAAGA